AUGAAUUUACUAAAUCAGCUAGCCAAGGCAUUGACUGUGAAGUUCCCUGGCGUUGAAUGAUGUCCAAAAGAAAAUCUGGGUCUCUUGAACGACACAAUAAGUGGCCAAUACGUCGCAGAACGACCGUUGAAACUUUGAAAAAAAGCGGUGAACUUUCAUAAAUGAGAUAGUGCAUUAAUUCACAAGAAAUCGGAAACUACCAUUAUGGAAAUAAUGGAAAUAUUGUCAAUCUGUUGCAUAUAGAGUAAUAUUACUCUAUAGUCUAUGCUCAUUGCUCAGUGGUCGAAUCAAUAUAAUAAUAUUAUAAAAAAAAUAAUAAUAAUAUAUUAUAAAAUGUAUAAUAUAAAAAAAAUUGUAUAUUAAUAUAUUAUUAAUUAUUAUAAUAUAACAAUAUUACAAUUACUACAUAAUAUAUAAUAUUACUCUAUAGGUCGAAUGAAUAUCGUCUGACGUUCAUUGAUUACAUUACAUAUCGGCUUUCACCAUUUAUACGUUUUUAGAUUUCAUAGAAAACGAAUUUCGUUAACCAAAAGCGUCAUGAGUUCAGAGCUGGAAAAAGUAACUGAAGAUAUUGAUCGAGCAGUUCAUUUACUCGAUUUACUGAAAUCUAGAUAUUUUUUCUUGAGAGCUAAAUAUGAUAUAGACCUUAACUCUCAAACAGCAUAUGCGUCUAAAGAUAAUCAAUCAGAUUACCAGCAUUCAUCUAAUGAUCUUCAGUCAUUUAUUAUGCUGGAACUUCACCUUUUAGAAUAUGCUUGUACUUAUGGUAUUUAUUCCAUGAAUAUGUAUGCAACUCGUUUAAAAACCAACCUAAAUUACAAUGAAAAAGACCAUUUUUUUUUAAAACUUCUUAAAGAUCACUUACGGAGCUUAAUUGAAACUAAUACAGAUAUUAAAAAUCUUUCUGUGGAUUCUUAUGAUAGCUUUACUUCAUAUAUAAAUUCAUUUAAGGUAUAUGCCAAUGUUUUGAAUAGUGUUAAUGAAUCGAACAUUACUUUAUUAAAUGAAACUGAUACAAACAAAAAAAAGAAUAAGCUAAUGAAGAAAAUUUCAAAAAUCAAUCUGAUGUCAAAUAUUAUUACACUAUUUGUAUCAGACUAUAUUACAGACUUUAAAACUGAAGAAGGAAGGGCAGCUUUGAAUAUGUCUUUAAAGUAUAGAACUCCUAGAAGUAUAGAAUAUUAUACAACAAAAUGUAAUUCAAAAAAAUAAGAACUCUUAAAGUUUUAGUUUGUAUAUAAUAUAUUGCUUAUUUUUUUAUGUACAGGUACCUACAAAUCGAUAAUAAAACAAAUGUAUUUAUUGUAUUUA